CGGGUCGUUGUUCGGCGGUCUGGAUCGGAAGAGUGGUUUGAAACUCAUACUCCAAGUCACGAACGUUGCCUCCGCGCCGUUACCCGGCGUGCCGUCGGAUAGAGUCAUCCCACGCCUCCCCGCGCGCGCCCGCGUGCGCAAGUGGCGCGUCGCCCGAGCGGGAAGAGCCACGAUGCGUUGAGUUACGAACCCUCCCUCGAAACUACGACUCCGAUGAAACACGCGAGAUCUGAAAGCGCGUGCUCGAUCAAAGUUAGGGUUACGACUGAGGACGCAGUGCCCAAAAACGCACGUGAUUGGUCGAAAUUUCACUCCCGGAGGCUUGAAGCGAGCCCAGAUGGGAGAAAGCGCUUCGCACUUCCCCCCAAAUAGUAGUACACGUAACUCCGAGAUACCUUCGAAGGUAUAGAUAUGUAGAUAAACUCUGGGGUCUAGCUAGGUACUGUACCUUAUUAGGUACUUUCGUACCUUCGAAGACAUCACUUC